CGUUCCCUCGAUCGCAUUUGCGACCGAUGAAAAAAAAAAAAAAAAAAAAAAAACCGCUGGAGGAUGGGAUUUGUGGGGUUCAAUUGAGGCCCUGGCCGUACGACAUUGUCACUUUGACCCGGGUCAAUGCGUCCCGGGGGCCAAGCAGGUGGGAUCAAACUCUGGAGACAGCUCGUGUUAAGAGAUCCGCCCUUGGCCCUCUCGACGACCGUGAUUUGGCUCGUUUAAAUCGAUUGUGCUCUAAUUUGAGAUAUCACUGUCAUUUCGUACUUCACUCUCGCCACUUUGCAUUGUCUGGCGCACCCGACGCGAAGGAUUUCCCGAGGUGGAAAAUUGAGAGACCGCUGGGUUACCGAAUACCCUCAAACACUUCUCUCUCACUGUCUAGACAUGAUGACGUCAUGGGACAAGGUCGAACACCAUUUGAGUAACAGUGUUGUGGGUACGAGGCGGAGAGUGAAGUUACACUCAGAAGGAUCGACCGUCUUCCCUGGAAUUCCCUCAGGAACCACCAGACACACUCGUCUCCCCGACGUUCGGGACACACCCGGAGUGAAAAAUUGUUUACAAAUAACGUGCCCACAAAGAAAUGUAUCAGUUAAAAUAAUAUUCGGUAAAAAUUAGGGAAGGGUUAAGCCCUUUGUCAGUGAAUUUUCUGGAAAAGUUUAGAACGUUCAGGAAAAAUUAAGGAAUUUUUACAGCAAAUGAAAUUAUAGAUGAAAAUUAAACCUUUAGAGGACGAAACCUGGAAAGAAAUAAUCACUUUUUAGGUCGAAAUCAGACUUCAGGGGCUAAUUUCUGGGAUAAAACUACCCCUCGCCCCUCGUCUCACCCCCUGGAGGUACAAUUUUCAUUAAAAAUUUUUUUUCAUGUUCUGAAUAAUGUUUUAAUUAACUGAUUAGGGAAGAGACACUCGAUUUUUCUCUCCGCGUGGACCAUCUUUGGGAAAUUAAUGCAAAAUUUUUUAAAAAAUUACCUGAAAGCUCUUUUCGUGGCCCCAAAGGGCUUUUGGAUGACG